CGCUCUUUUUAUGAUCAUUCGUGUAUUUUUGCCGUCGGUUUAUGAAAAGUUCAUCUUUUUUGACAGGACAGCAGCAAGUACCUCUAUUGUACUGCCUUCAACGUGCAUGCAUAGAAGAAAGUGCAUCACUCUCACUCUUUCUCUAACGGCCCGGGCGCGGUACUUUUGAGAUUAAGUCUUAACAUCAUCUACUCACAAAAAGCCGCCCCGUUCGGUAUCUAAAUCUUUACCACUUCUUUUCGCUCUACCAUCUAGGAUUGCAACUUAUCCAAAAUGGCGCCAACUGAAAAUUCUCCUUUGCUAAGCAACAACAACAACAAUGGCGAUCAAUCCUUACCGAUGCAUAGGCCAACAUCCUAUCCAUCCCGUUUCAGUCCACACGCACCUCCAGGAAGUCCAAAUUUGGUUUCUUCUAUGUGGUGGUUAUUCACAAGUUCUUGGUUGAAUAUUUUAUUGGCUUUUGUACCUUUAGGUUUCAUUGCUGAAUUUUUGCAUUGGCCUGCAAUUUGGCGUUUCAGUUUGAACUUUUUAGCAAUCGUUCCAUUGGCAAAACUUUUGGGAGACGCAACCGAACAAUCAUCUUUGAAAUUAGGUCAAACUUUGGGUGGUCUCUUGAACGCAACUUUCGGUAAUGCUGUCGAAUUGAUCGUCGGGGUUGUGGCUCUUUUGCAAGGUCAAUUACGUAUCGUACAAACAUCUUUGAUCGGUUCAAUUUUGUCAAACAUCUUACUCGUUUUGGGCAUGUCUUUCGUUGCUGGUGGCUUGUUUAAGUCCGAGAAUACUUUCCAACAAACUGCUGCUCAAGCUUCAGGAAGUGUGAUGACUUUGGGUGUCGUUACAAUCGCAAUUCCUGCCGCAUACCAAGGAAGUAUUCGUAUGAACACUUUGUUCUCACAAGGAUUUGAUGCUCUUAAAUCACUUGACGAUAGCGAUAGCACUCUCGACGGUCUAUUGUUCAUCUCUCGUGGUGCAUCUAUGAUCUUGUUGGUGAUUUAUGUUUUAUACCUAGUCUUCCAACUCAAAACCCAUGCAUUCUUGUAUGAAGCAGAAGAAGAUCAAGAUGAAGAAGAGGAAGUUGCAAUGAUGACACCUGUUGCAGCUAUUAUUGGUCUUUUAGUCGUUACAGUGAUCACAAGUUUCAAUGCAGAUUAUUUGGUCAGCGCGAUCGAUGAAACGGCAAACGAGUACCAUAUCCCGAAGGCAUUCAUUGGUACGAUCUUAUUGCCAAUCGUAGGCAAUGCAGCAGAACAUGUUACGAGUGUUUGGAUGGCAUCAAAAGCAAAGAUGGAAAUCGCAAUUGGGGUUUCUGUUGGAAGUUCGAUUCAAAUCGCAGUUGGAUUGAUCCCUGCUUUGGUUUUGAUCGGUUGGGCAGUCGGUCAACCUCUCACACUAUACUUCCAAUCGUUUGAAACUGUUGUUCUGGUUGCAAGUGUUCUUUUGGUCAACACUCUCAUUCAAGACGGAAGAAGUAAUUAUAUCGAAGGUGCAAUGCUUUGUUCACUUUAUUUGGUUGCCGCUUUGUCAUUCUGGGUUGAACCAGACAUGUAAGAAAAAAAAAUUGAUGGAAAAUCGCACUUAAGUAGAAAGACAAACAGAUAUGUUCCACCCUCCUCAAUCAUGUAUAUACGGUGCCAAUCUCUCCCCCUUUAUUAUUAUUGUAUUGUGUAACAAUCAAAAUGGC